AUGGGAUGGGAUGAUGUGACUAUUAUCAGGAAGCGUCCUGAGACUGGUAAAAGUCUACGUAGCGCAGAGUCUCUUACAGCUGCACAACGCUCGGGCGGGGCCAUCUCAUCUGAAAAAAAGACUGGUAUCAAUCAGAAUCAUAAAAGUGUCGAGGCUGGAAAGGCUGCUAAAAUAGACCGGGAAACUGAGAACUUUCAGGUGGAGCGAGUUGGACUCACGCUGUCCAAGGCGAUCCAGUCUGGUCGACAAGCCAAGGGGUUAACACAAAAGGACUUUGCCACCAAAAUCAAUGAAAAACCAUCUGUAGUCAAUGACUAUGAGUCUGGCAAAGCACCUAACCCUAACCAACAAAUUCUGGCCAAGAUGGAGCGGGUACUAUGUAUUAAGCUUCGAGGCAAGAAUAUUGGGUCUCCACUAGUAGCUCCUGGAUCAAAAAAAUAA